AACAGACAUCCCCCGACCAAUUCCUCCCUGAAACCCUAGCCUACCUUCUUCCUCACGACGGCUUCAGAUCUUACCUCCAUUGCUGCCAGGAGAGGUUCUACCAACUCUUCUACCAAGACUACCACCAUUGCUGGAGGAGAAACUUCUUCCACCGUCAGAGGAAUAUACAUCUUCCUCCUCCAAAGUUCAUCAAGAAACACAACUUCUAAAUCCACCUCCCACUACUUCUAGCAGAUCUGAAGAAACAGGAUUCUGGGAACAAACCUGGGCAGAUCUGAAGAAACAUUCUGUGGACAAAGAACCUGGAGAUAUGGAUCCAAAAUGCUCUACGGGAGCACUAGAUCUAAAUGAACCAGCAAUUGAAGGUGACAGGGUAAUCGAAGAUGUCAGUUUGUUCCAUGAUUUGCAAAUAGAAGUAACAUGCAGCAUACAAAGGACCUUGAGCAAUCCAGAUGUGACCAAAAGCUCAGAACAUAGCAAGCAUGUGAGUGGAAGCAACACUUGUGCUUCUGCUGACACAAACCCGGAAACUGGUGAAACACUAUCAACUGAUGAUUCCGGCGGUGAUGAAGAAGAGGGUGAAGUCCAGUCAACACCAUGCAGCCAAACUGAAGUUGAAACCCCUUUUAAAGGGAAGAUCUAUGAUUCAUGGGAGGAUGCGAAGAUGCAGUACAACCGAUAUGCUAAGAAGAUUGGGUUUUCCAUCAAAUGCAGUACAUCCAAGGUUUCGAAAAUUGAUGAUCAAAGAGACAAACAGCUAUUUGUUUGCAACAAGAGUGGGAAAAAUGAAGACAUCAAUAAGUUAGAAGCACCACCUAUUAGGCAAAGGAACAGAAGCAUCGCCAAGAAAACUGAAUGCAAAGCAAGAUUGGGGAUUAAAAGGAGAGGAACAAAGUGGUAUGUCACAUACUUCAUUGAAGAACACAAUCACAGUUUGAUGAAGAAGUUUUCCUUGAAAAAGUAUUUGAGAUCUCAUAAAGGUAUACCUAAGGAAGAGAAGGAUUUUGUUCAGCUAUUGCAUAAGGUGAAUCUAUCUGCUGGCAGGGUUGACAAGGGAUUAACUUGUCAAUGCCUAUGGGUUGUAGACUAGGGUUUAGUUGGAAGUAGAGGGCAAGUAGAUCUCGAAGGUUUCAGCCGAAAAGUACUCGACGAUAUGAAAACUAGGGUUUGUGAGACAAUGAUUCGGUACUUUCUUUGUCCCUCGACUCCCCCUUAUAUAGGAGGUGGAGCCGAGGGAUUCGUAUUGUACAAGUUACAGAGUCCGGGAGGGUUUCCAACUCAUCCCGCAAGAUUACAAA